UAGUAUAUUUACUAAAAUUAAAUUGGGAAAAAGAGAAUGAGAUGAAAAUAAGAAUAACUUGGGUUUCCAUUUUUUUGUAAAAGAAGAUCAAGUGUGCCCCUUUCUGUGUUCAUAGUCUAUUUCUAUAUACUACCCUAACUCCCACUUCUCUGAAACAACCCAUUAUCUCACUCUCACACACAACUACUUAUAUCUCUCUCUCUCUCUACCCUUUUUCUUUUUAGCAUUGCACUAAAUCAGUAUCCCACUCUCCUCUUCUAUCCAUCAAAUUGCUAUUAACUUUGAGUUACAAGACACAGAAAAAGAGAGUGAAAAGAGAGAGAAACUGAUCAAAUGGGUAGAGGUAGAGUUGAGCUGAAGAGGAUAGAGAACAAAAUCAACCGCCAGGUUACUUUCUCCAAAAGGAGGAAUGGUUUGCUCAAGAAAGCAUGUGAGCUCUCAAUUCUGUGUGAUGCUGAGGUUGCUCUCAUCAUUUUCUCAAGCCGUGGGAAGCUCUAUGAAUUUGGAAGUGUUGGCACUGCCAAAACUAUUGACCGAUACCAACGGUGCUCUUUUAAUCCUCAAGAUGAGCAUGUUAAUUGUGAAACUCAGAGCUGGUACCAAGAGGUGUCAAAGCUAAAGGCAAAGUAUGAGUCUCUUCAAAGGACUCAGAGGCAUUUGCUUGGGGAAGAUCUUGGACCAUUGAGUGUAAAGGAGCUGCAGAAUCUUGAGAAGCAGCUUGAAGGAGCUCUGGCACAAGCUAGGCAAAGGAAGACAGAAAUCAUGAUUGAACAAAUGGAAGAGCUUCGCACAAGGGAACGUCAUUUAGGAGACCUCAAUAAGCAACUUAAACUCAAGCUUGAAUCAGAGGGAUAUAAUCCCAAAGUUAUGGAAAACUUGUGGUCCUCUACUUCAGCUGCUGGAACCAGCAACUUUCCCUUUCAUCCUGCUCAAUCCAACCCAAUGGAUUGCCAACCAGAACCCUUUCUGCAAAUAGGGUACCAUCAAUAUGUUCAAGCUGAAUCAUCUAGUAUUCCAAAGAACAGCAUGACUUGUGAGACAAACUUCAUGCACGGAUGGAUGCUUUGAUUUGAUCACUUAGUCAUUAAUAAAUUAAAUAUAUGACUUAUUAAUUGCCUCAUUGUCUAUAUGCUUUUUAAUUAGAUUUGUGUUUCAGCAUAUAAAAUUAAUGUAUCUUUGUGACCACCACGGGAAGCUGCAGACUUGAUUAUAUAGUGUUUCCUGUAACUGGAUACACAUAGAUACUACUUUUUCUUACUGUAUUUAAUUUGAACAAUAUUGAUCGUUAUUUGAACUUUGAAGAUUGAACAGA